UGUCCACUGUCAUGUGAUUUUAGGCCGUCACGACGCCAUAUUUGUAGGACCCAUUGACACUUUUACAGGUGGGACUUUGGUACAAUUUAGAAGAAAGUUGGACAACUUUUCGUCUACAAAAUGAGCGAAGGUGAAACGAGACCUCGUCUGUGUCAUCUAGUUAAAUGGCCAGAAUUUGCAGGCUAUGGUUUUAACUUGCACGCUGAACGGGGCAAAGCAGGUCAGUACAUCGGGAAAGUCGACGAAGGUUCGCCGGCGGUGGCUGCAGGGUUGAAAGAAUCCGACCGCAUAGUUGAAGUAAAUGGAACAAACAUCGGUAACGAGAACCACCAGCAAGUGGUGUCAAGGAUCAAGGCGGGUGGUGAAGAGGUAACACUGCUCGUAGUAGAUGCUGAGACUGACAAUCAUUAUAAAGAACAGCAUAUGCUGGUGACAAGUUCCGACGUAAAUGUGUUGAGGCAAUCGGCAGCCCGCGACGAGCCACGCCCGGUAGAACCCGAGACCCCCCCACCAGAACCAGAAGAUGAGCCUGAACCAGAGGCUGAACAGGACCCUGAACCUGUACCGGAGCCUGAGCCUGAGCCUGAGCCUGAGCCUGAGUCUAUAAUCAGUGACUACGAAACUGUUCCACCUUACAUGGUUCCCCCUCCUGAGGAUGAGGAGGAACAGGAGGAGGCUGCUGCAGAGCCCGAGAGGGAGGAGGAGGCUGCUGCUGAGCCCGAGAGGGAGGAGGAGGAAUUGGUACCAGAGCCGGAACCAGAGGUCAGUGUGCCAGUAGUGGUGAAUGAGGUUGUGGAGGAGACACCGUCGCAGCUCUACCCUCGACUGUGUCACAUGGUCAAGUGGCCCGAAUUCGUUGGCUAUGGCUUUAACUUGCAUGCAGAAAGGGACCGCACUGGCCAGUUUAUUGGGACAGUGGACGAUGCUUCACCGGCUCAGACGGCAGGCCUGAAGGAGGGCGACAGGAUCGUAGAGGUGAAUGGAGAUAACAUAGAGGAGGUAUCCCACCAGGAAGUCAUCCGUAAAGUAAAGGUGGGGGGAGAUGAGACUCAGAUGUUAGUGGUCGACUCAGAGACCGACGAGUACUACAAGUCCCGAGGAAUCCGGAUCCACAAAGGUCUGGAGGAGGUCCGAUAUAAAAAGUCGGAUCGCAGCGAAGUCCAUGCAAAUAAGGAGAAUGAGGUCCCCAGCGUGAACUCUAGAUCUUCAAACAGCGACGAUGGAGCCAGGGCGAGGCUAUGUCACAUUUUUAAGUGGCCACAUUUCCAGGGUUACGGUUUCAACUUACACGCAGACAAGGACAAAACUCAUGGACAGUUUAUUGGUAAAAUAGACGAUGGAUCCCCGGCGCAAAGUGCAGGAUUAAAAGAAGGAGAUAGAAUUGUGGAAGUCAAUGGAAUAAACGUAGAAGCAGAAUCCCACCAAGCUGUGAUAGGUUACGUUAAAGCUGGUGGUAAUGAAACAAGACUUCUUGUGGUAGAUCAGGCAGCCGAUCAGUCGUUCAAGUCACGAGGAAUAAAAGUUUCGGGCUCAAUGUCACAACUCCAAAACUUGAAGACUGAAGACAGAGUUGCCCCAGUCAAUGGACAGGCAGAAAUUUCUCAGCCACAACGACAAAUGGCUCCCACCCCAUCAGUGAACUCCGCUCCACCCCAGACUAACGGCAAACCUGCCGACCUGUCCCAGGGCCUCCAAAUGUCUGCCAAAGAGAUGAGGGAGAUGCUUGCUCGCAAGAAAAAGACCGACCCCAAACACAACAAGAUGUCCUUCCAGUCCAAGCUAGAGGCCUUCCAGAAACUGUGAUCACUUUAUAAACAGAUCUAGACUGUGUCUAAAGUGAGCUGUAGGCCUUACUGUGUUAGACGUAAGGUGUACAGAAAGACAUGAAUCUUACUGUAUUCUGAUGUGUGCUAUACAGAAAGCUGUAAUCUUGCUGUAUCUGAUGUGAGGUGUACAGAAAUAAAAGCUGUAAUAUUUGCUGUAUCUGUCGCAUGGUGAACAGGAAUUAAAGCUGUAAUGGUGAGGUAGAAUUUUUGCUGUAUCUGACGUAAUGUAUAUAGGUGUUGCUGUAUUGGACGUAGGUGUACGUCAGUCACAUUUGUCAGUUUGUAUGUAUUUCAUACAAGUAUAGUUAUAUGUUUCUUUGUGGUCAAAGUCUGCAUUACAGAUGUUGUACAUACUAGUAUGAUGUAGGUGUAUACAGCAAGAUUUACAGUUUCCUGUAUCGAAUGUAUGGAUUUCUGUACAUGUAUGACUAAUAAUUGUAAGAUUGACAGAAUUUUUGUACGGCUAUGGUAAGAUUUAUGGAUUUCUGUAUGACCUUAAGUAAAAUUUACGGAGUUAUGUAUGGCCCUUGGUGCCAUGUAUGACCUUUGGUACCAAAUAUAGAUUUCAGGCGUUGUGAUAACACCUUAUACUUAGUAUUCACAUGAACUGCUGGAUAGACUCUUGGUGAAGCUAGGCUGAAUCGGGACAGGUAUUGUCAGAAAAUGACCAACUCUCGGUUGAAUGUUGUAUCGGUAGAUGAAUCCUUUAUGCCAUGUUUUACGACAUUUUUGUCUACAUCCAUCACCAUUCUGUACGGCUAAGAACAUUAACAUUGCCUAAUAUUCAUACUUAAUCCUUGUACAUAGAAAAAUAGAUCCAUUUCCUAUUGCAGUUCAUCCUUAAGGCAAAGAUGGUCAUGAUGUUUGAAAUAGAAUCUGGGUAUUUGCAGGUAAUGUACAUGUACAAUUCUGUAUAUUCUGUGAACACCCAAUUUCGUGAACCAAUUAUUUCUGCACUUAUUUUGGAAGGACAGUAAUAUGCACUUCAUUUAUAAAUAUGUUUUCCCGAUUCUUGAAUUUAUGUUCAAUCCCUAAUGUGAAUUAACACUAGCAAUGAACACCACAUGAAAUACAUGUAGUCUACAGUACGGUUGUGUAAUGGAGUCGAGGGCAACACAUACAUUUAAGCUCGACCAUAGAUGUGUCCAGUUUACAAAUCGUAAACCCCAUUUUACUGUGCUUCGUCAUAGUGCUUUGUUAGUUUUACCCAAUGUACGUUACCAAUUGUUGUGGAAAAACACAUGCAUGUUCUGAAGAUUGGGUAUAGGGUAAAAUGAAGAUGAAAGCGUAACAAACACAUGGCAAACAUUCUGUUAACCCACUCUUCUGGGAAAUUUCAUAUGCGUUUUGUCCUGUUCCUGUUUACCUUCAAAGCGUUAUAGUGCUAAUUUAUUCAGUUGACAACAUCAUGGCAUCUUCUCCAUAAGAUACUGGUUUCCUUGUGUAUUAUGCAGAUCCUGAAGUAUUUUUUUUUGGCUUAUAAUCAGAACAUCAACCUUCGCUCUAUGUGGAAUUUGUGGUAGGAUAUAAUUUUCAAAAUAAAGUGUCUUGCCUGUAAUGAGGUACUUAGGAAAUGAGAUAGGAAAUGGAUCUAUUCCUCAACGUAACUUCAGCUUGCUUUUACUGUAACCAAUGAGAAGUCAUGAUCGGUUACAUUAAGCAUGGACCAACUUGUUGACCUAGACUGCCAGUAUUUGGUUGUAGGAACCAAAUUCGGGUACAUUCCAACAACAGCAGCUCCUAAUAUCAAGUAACUUUACUUUUAACAGCAUUUGUGGACCGUCACAAACGGAAGCAUUUCAUUUAUACAUUGAUCUGAGGUUAUUUUCAGUGUCAUGAUUAUGCAUUAAAACCAGGAAAAAGAAUCAUUCUCAGUCACACACUAUAGUUUUUUCUGUUUAAUCUGCACACCAGCAGAUCUGGGAGAAGAUUUUGGCCCUGUUUUCUAACCGAAAUAAAGUUGUUACAGGUUAGUGAUUAUAGGAGUUUCAGUCCUGUGGUCUGGCCGAGGUAGGGACUGGCCAGUAAAAAGAAACAUUUAGUCCUGUAGUCCAGCCGAGCUGAGGUUAAAACUGAUCAUUAGGUUUGGCCCUGUAGUCUGGGCGAGAUGAGAUUUGGACAGGCCACAUAUAAAAGAAAAUCCCAGAGUCUUUAUAGCAAUGCUCAUUAUGUUAAUGCCAAAUAUCAGAUUAUUGUGUAGUGUAUGUAAUUAUAGGACAUGCUAUGAUAAAUUCUUGUGAAAAAUGUUUGAAUUUAAAUGACUAUUAUAGAUGUGUCUCAGUGUUUACUAAGGAUGAUACAUGUACUACGCCCAGGUGACAAUGUAUGUGCUGAUCCUGGAAGUCAUAAUCACGCCUCAGGUGAAUUGUAAGCGGUGAUGGCGAAGUCGUUGUGAUAACAUUCAAACUUGGUUAGUGGGAUAUUAUAACAAAAUUACUUGGAUAGUUAUGGAUAGUUUUGUAUACUUAUUUACAUAAUCCUUAUGAUCUAUACCUUGACCAGCUGUUAGAUUGCCAUUUAUAACUUCUAUGGCAUUUUUUUUUACUCUGUAUUUGGUUGAAAUGAUUGCUAAUUUUUGUACGGUAGGGUCAUUCUUAUAACCAGUGUCAUAUGAAUGUAAAUAACAAGGUUGUCUUAACGUCCACACAUAUUAAUGCUUUCAUUCAAACACUACCAAUCUACAGAUAUUUGUCGACAGCCAUACUUGGUUAAUAUAUUGUAUUUUUUCAAGGUCAUUUUUAUCAUUGUUUAAAAAUGCAAAAGUUGUCUCAUUUUCUUGUCAUGUUUGUUGAUAUACAUUGUAGUCUAUCCCGCUUCAUCUGUUUUUCUCAAUUCUUGAGAGCAGACAUCUAUUAUUCAGUCAAUUCUUCCCCCGAGAUGUCCAAGGACAACACUAAACAAAUCUAACAUAAAUCCCAUUUGAAAUAAUAUAGCUUUAUACUGUACAACUAGUAAAUGAAGCUCGUGAAGUCAAUGAUAAUGUUUGAGGAAAAUGAGGCUUGAUCUAGUUUAUGCUAGCAAUCGAAAAUACAGAUUUAUCUUUGUAUUUAAAGCAGCAGUUUUCCUGAUAAGUUUUUGUCAAUGUCCUGGCAAUCAAAAGAAAUUGAUGUGUGAUUUGUGAGAAAAACAUCUAAUGUCUGCUUAAAAAUCUCAGAAACGAUAAAAACACAGGUGAAGCGGGGCACUGCCUGCACGUAGUUCUAUAUUUACUCCUGUACACAGUUAUAUCAUUAACAGUUUAUAUACUAUACCCUGGAGUAUUAAUAUAGUUGAUUUUAGAUUAAAAAAGCUAUUGAUGUUUGCUAUAUAUAGACAUUGAUACUGGUAAAGCACAGGAUAUAUAUAUAUACCAAUCACAGCACAAGGUUAUAUGCCUCACACAUGUCACUUGUAACAUUUGAUUUUAAUUUUUGAUAAAAUGCUGGACAGAAAUUAAACCCACGGACAGUUGCUAACUAACUACUGUGAGUAUCGGGACAUAUUAUGCCACUUAUUUGCCAUAGAUUAAUUUGUUUUGAUCAUUUCAACAAAAUCAUUUUGAAUGUGAAAGACAUGUGUUCAAAUACCUGGUAGUGUUUUGGUCAAAUCAAUUUUGAUAGUACAUGAAGUACAUUGUACUGUACAUUCCAGAUUUAUAAAAGUCUUUUCCACUCAUGUGUUGCAUGCAUGUACCGACUAAAUCGACAAGUCCAUUAAACUGUGUGUAGAUGUAGUUAAAUAUCUAAUUUCUUCCUCCACAAGUCGUAUCCCCAGUACAGUGAUACCGAUUACUCUGCACUCGUCAUCUUUUUACAUACACACCUAUUCAGGACGGACAUAGUAAUUAGACGAACGGAAAGGCUAAUAGUGUAACAAUUAAUAUUGUAUUUUGGAGAGACACACACUUGAUGAAUUUGCCAAAAAAAAAUUUUUUUGUGGAAUUCGAUAAAAGGCUAGUUUAGUUAUUUACUUCAGUGUAGUAAACACAAUUUACUGGUAAACCAUUUUAAUCAGAACUUGGACAAUCGAGAAUUAUAUUUUACAUAUUUGAUUCAACUUCGUUUUUAUUGGGCGACAUUCACAAAUUCAAGUGUUUAACAAUUAUUUCCAUAUCAAUAAGAGACAUGCUAAGAGAAUUGUGGAUAGAUGUCGAAGGAGAUAGGUGAAAAAAGGUCAGUUUGCAAGAUAAAAUAGGUGUGAAAUAUAGCUGUUCUACAUACCGUUAUCAUAGGUACAACUUAAAAGUCAAGAUAAACUCGGACAUAAUAACCCAGCAAGUCGGAGUGAAUUGGGGAACUAAUCCGCUAUUUGUAGUCAUGAUCACAUCAGAGUUUUGUUACAAUCAGGUUUUCUGUGUAUUUCAUCGCCAUAUCUCAAUAUUACAGCAAUAAUUGUUCCGCUUUUACAUCGGUGUAAUCAUGUGUAACAAAUAUUAAGUUUUCACUUGUAUAUAUUGCAUACUUAUCUCACAGAACUUCGUCCAAGUAAAAUGUGAUUGUAUAUUUAAUCAGUGGAUGCAUUGUUCGUGCUCCGUCGAAGGUUGUGUGCUGGAAUCAUGAGACAUUAUUGUUUUUGAUGAGUAUCAGCUCUGUACAGACUGCUUCACUGUAUUAUUGCUAAUUUUUACACCAGGUUUGAUUUGGUUUAUUUUCAUAACAAAUUGCAAAUUCUUGUUGAAUGCUAAAACAUCACAACAUCCAUCCAGGUAUGACAAUAACAGAUAUACCACACUUCUGACUGUCAGGAUUGUAGCAUCAUCAAUUUCCUUAAUUUUAUGAAGUUUUUACUCUAGAUGAACUUAAAACCUGGUGAAAAAAAUCCGGGAACAACUUUGCGAACUUUUCGACCUGUAAAGAUUGGUAAUUAUACAUUGAAUUGUUGACUGUACAGUGGUAUGUACCGUUAACCUGUGCUUAGCAUACUGUGCUUUAUAGACAACUAUUGUUGUCGGGGUUGAAUAUGGACCAGAGCAUCCUUUAUAUUAUAUUUACAUAAUUAAUUUUGAAGUACAUUACCUGGUAAUUUAAUAUCGUUUAUGUGAUUUGUUCCUCAAGAAGGAAAAAAAAGCUAACGUUGACAAAUUAUUCAUGUAGAGCCAGAAAAUCAUUGUUUCUCAUCGUAUUCGUUUUGUGAAGAAAAUAUUCCUGGUAGAUUUUGACUUUCUUUCAGUUAUGAAUUUAUGAAAAUUUAGAAAUGAUAGCUUUUUCAUUGAAGUAUUUUGUAAAAGAACUACUGUGAUGAAUGUAAAUAGAAGACAUCUGUUAUACAGUCUACUAUAUCUAUAUACAAUAUAUGUGUACGGUUAUAAUCUUGUGUGAACACACCAGAUAUAUUCCAGGAACAAAAUGUUAUAUUUUGGUACAAAUAAACCAUAAAAAUAAAGCCCAA